AUGAAGUCGUCCUGGAAUGAUUUACAAGAAUUUGCUGGGAGAGCAUGGGAAAUGGGUCACUCUGACCCUCGGAAAGUCAUAUUUGCAACCAAAAUGGGGCUGGCAUUGUCAAUUGUGUCCUUUCUCAUAUUCUGGAAACAAUCAUAUCACGACAUCAGUCAGUACUCAAUCUGGGCAAUCCUCACUGUCAUUGUGAUGUUUGAAUUCCCUAUAGGAGCAACCUUUAUCAAGGGUUUCAAUCGCGGUUUGGGAACAUUUUGUGCAGGAAUUCUUGCUUUCUUCUUUUAUGAGCUAACUUUGUUGUCUGGCCAAUGGGAGGAAGUUGUAAUUGUUAUAAGCAUUUUUAUAACAGGAUUCUUUGCCUCUUAUCUGAAGCUGUAUCCCUCAAUGAAGCCCUACGAAUAUAGAUUUCGAGUAUUCAUAUUGACUUAUUGUAUCAUUAUGGCUUAUGGGAAUAGGACGAGAGGAUAUCUUGAGGCAAUUGUAACUCGACUAGUCCUUAUUGCAGUGGGAGCAGGCGUAUGUUUAGUUAUAAAUAUUUUCAUUUACCCCAUAUGGUCGGGCGAGGAUCUGCACUACUUGGUGGUGAAAAACUUCAAGGGUUUAGCUGCUUCCUUAGAAGGAUGUGUCAAUGGAUACAUAAAAGGCAUUCAAUAUGAAACUGUCCCCUCAACAUUACUUACAUGCCAAGCUGCAGAUGAUCCACUGUACAGCGGUUACCGAUCAGUGGUAGACUCUGCACGCCAAGAGGACACUCUGUUAGGCUUUGCAGUCUGGGAACCACCUCACGGGCGUUAUAAAAUGUUCAGUUAUCCAUGGAAAAACUAUGUCAAAGUAAGUGGCGCAUUGAGGCAUUGUGCAUUCACGGUCAUGGCACUGCAUGGAUGUAUUCUAUCAGAAAUACAGGCCCCAUUUGGAUAUAGAAACGUAUUUCGCAGCGAGCUUCAAAGGGUUGGAGCAGCAGGUGCUAAAGUUUUGCUUGAGCUUGGAAGGAAAGUAGAAAAUAUGGAAAAAUUAGGCCCUGGAGAUAUACUUAGAGAGGUGCAUGAGGCUGCAGAGCAACCACAGAGGAAGAUAGACAGAAGAUCAUAUAUCCUGGUCAAUUCAGAGAGCUGGGAAAUUGGAAGACAGCCCAAGACAAUAGAAUGCCUCGAAGAUCUUUUGGAUAAAGAUAAUGAAAGUGUGCAAUUGGGGUUCAAGUCCUUGAGUGAAUCUGUACUUGAUCUGAGCUCACUUCCAGUGGAGACUCCUUUAAAAAGUGAUGGUUCAAAGGAUAUAUUCAGGAAGCUAAUAGCUUGGCCAUUGCGUCACCCAUUCAAUGGCAAUGCAGUUGCAGAGGAAGCUGAUGCCAAUACAUAUGAAAGUGCAAGCGCCAUGUCUUUAGGGACAUUUGUUUCACUUGUGAUUGAAUUUGUUGCAAGGCUUCAAAAUGUGGUUGACACAUUUGAAGAACUCAGUGAGAAAGCAGAUUUUGAGGAACCUUUUGUGUGA